CCCGCAAAUAAAAAAAAAUAUUCCGCAUGACUGCCGCCUAACGCGCGGCGCUUUUAGCGUCCCACAUCGCAAGGAAACACGAGGAGGAAAACGAAGACACGAGGACAGAGCGCUAUUAACAACUGAGGUUUAUUGCACACGAGGCAAACAUGACGUUUGAAGGGAGCUUGGCUGUUCUCAUGUUAAUGACGACCUGUGGUGUGACUAUCGCGUACAACAGAGGCUGCGAUUUCGGUGAAAUGGACUUGGAUGGCGCUGUGGACAAAGUCCUGGGACUUCUUCCCCAGUACCACGCACCCGAUGAUUGGGGAUUUCGGAGGGCCUUCAGCGGUCUCGAAGUUGGAACACUGAAUGUAACUGGCCUUGACAGGAUCCAAAGGUAUGGACCGAUCCGACCUUACUGCGUCAACGGAACCCAGCUAGUGAGCGUGGAUGUCCUCGACCGAGGCGACGCCAUCUUGACCCUGCCCUGGAGAGCCUGUUCGGGACAAGAAGGCACGCUGAACUUGCGCACCGAACUUGCACGAUUCACUCUCAUAUUUCGCGUUGAAGCUGGAGGUUUUAACCGAGACGUCACUCUGGCUUACGAAGGGCCUCUUGUACCGGUGAUCAUUCUAGAACCUCAAGUUUAUAUCGAUGGCGCAGGGAGAGGCUUGAGGGCAGCUACGAUGAUCCUCAGCAAGAUUCUGCCGGCUCUCCCUGAGCAUUUGUGGAAUGACUAUUUCUUUAUGUAUUUCCGUGGGGCCCUCCGUCAGGCCCUACGUGAUGCCUUCGAGUAGCAGUAACCUGUACUUCUUUAAUUAUGUGGUCCCGAUAUGCA